UUAAGAAAAUUUCCAAAUUUGUCAAAACGUCCUCUCUAUAUCUCAAAAUGAAUCAGAGAUUGUAGACGAAAUUGUAGGUUUUUUGUUUUCUAAUAAGUUUUGGCCCUCGAAAUUUGUUUUCCAAAUUGACAAGCUACUAUUAGCGAAUCGAUAGUCCGCAGAGGUUUAGCAACAUGACCCAACGACUGGCAUUGCAACACAUCCUGACCACCCAACUGGCCAAUAACUGGGAGCGGGAGGAUUCGGCCAAGGCCACGCUGGCCAAGCUGAAUGGCCGGAAGGACAAGUUGAGGCAAUCGCUAAGGACGAUCCAUGUGCCGGCUCGCUACCAUGCCAUGAUGCCUGAAACGAGCAAGACGUACGAGAACAUGGUGGAUAGAAUUCACCAGACCAUGCAGUCGGUUAGACCCAAACGAAGACCUCUGCCAGCAGUUGCCUUGCCUGAUGCCGCGAUUCCGGCUGGUUCUACCACAGUGUCAACACCACUGCCAUCUACGCUCGUGCCCAAGCAUUAUCCCAAGCGCAGCAGAUCCGGUCGAGUCAAGGGCGGUGCCAGUCCAACGAAGGCUCAUGGCUCCGGCUCCAUUACCAAGGGCAACCAAAAGAACUUGGCCUUAAUCCGGGCCGGCUUGAACUUGAAGAUGCAGCAGGCCAGAAAUGGUGGUCCAGCCACGAAAAACCUAAAGGGUUUGUCCGUACAAAAGCAUAUGAACGAGGUCAUGCGGCAGAAGAACGUCCUGGAAUCAAUGCUAAUGCAGCACAAACGAUUGCGACAAGACCGUCAGACCAUUGUCAUGGACAUGCAACGGAUGCGGGCGGAUCUGGAUAGGAUUUGCAACAAGCUGGACAAUUCCCUGCAAAGCCUGACCUCCACGGUCACCACCUUCAGCAUCGCACCGUCGCCGGCAAAGGAGGCCAUUAAGAAGAAGGUCUCGCACAGCAGUGUCGUCCCCCGCAAAGCCAAGGCUAAUCCUAUUCCAGCGAUUAAGGCCCAGAAGAGUGGCACCCAGAAGAUGGCAUCGGUGCGCCGGUCAGGGAUUCUCAAGGCCAAAGCCAAUCCCAAUAUGUGGAACCGGCAGCGUCUGCACGCCAAUUAGGUAUGCACGAAAAUAAAAAGCGGCUAGCAUUUAAGCAUUUAAA